UUGUAUUGCUUCGUACAGUGCUAUGUUGUGCUACAUGUUUGUCAGUAAUUGGCUGUGCAUGAUACUGUUCGGCGAAAUUGAUCAAUAUCAUCUCAGCUUUGGUUAUGUCGGUUAUUGUGUUUUCGACGGAUUGUGUUUGUUUCACGAUCAAGACACUACCACUAAUAGUUUCUUGGUUACCACUCAUGCUUGCCAUCCGCGCCAGGACAUGGUUUCUUGGCAUCAGUAAUCUUGGAUUUUCGACGAACACCGUGUACUUGCAUGUCAGCGUUAUAUCAGUGUUUGGCACUGUUGUGAAAGUGUGUUGCAGGUCGUCUCCCAUAGCAGCUAUGAUUUGCUUCAUGGUUAAGUUGUCAAGCGCAGAAUUGAGCUUUUGCGACAUAGUAGAUGGUACUGGAUUGUGA